CACGUUGAGCAUCGAGCGGUAUUCUGUAAGGUCCGAGUCCAAACUUGAUCCAUCAUGUCUCUGGCGAAGCCCAUGAUGAGAGGGAUGCUGGCCAAGCGUCUGAGGCUCCAUCUGCCCCUCGCUUUCGUCGUCUCCUUCUCGUCUGCAUUGGCGUUCAAUUUACUCAUCGCACAGCCCAGGAAACGGGCCUACGCUGAGUUCUACAAGAACUACGACAGCGUCAAAGACUUCAACGCCAUGAGGGAAGCCGGCAUCUUCGAGAGCGUGCGGCCCAUUGAGAAGUAAACCCACUCUCCUCCUCCGCUGCGUUCAUUCCUGCUCUGAGGAUGAAGUUCCCGCUCAUCCAUUGGAUGUUAUUUACUGGUUAGACGUGAACAUCACUAUGCUGCUUGUUCCUCUAAAUAAAAUAUUCUAUUCAUGUUGGA